GCCUUAAUAAUGGCAGCCAUAUUUACCUGAACACCACUUUCCUUUCCUUUCCUUUUGUUUUGUUUUGCUUAUUUUUCGAGUGAGCAGAGAUCUGAAAAAUGGCUUACAAUCUUCAAUCACUCAUCACCAUCCUCCAAGGGAUUCUGGAUCCCCAACAAACACGCUGGAUUCUUGGACAAGAGAAACCACAACUCCAAUCCCUCCUCCAAAAAGCUUCUUACCUGCAGCAGAUUCUCGAAAAAACUCCACUACUCACCAAAAUACCAAGCUUGCAGUGCCAAAUCAGAGAUGUAGCAAAUGAAGCAGAAGACAUCGUUGAAUCUCACAUGGUUGAACGACUGCUCUCGAUGCCUGAAGGCGUGAACUUCACUCCGCUGACACCAGAUGUGCUGCUAGUGACACAAAAACUUGAUUCUGUGAUCGAACAAGUCGUGAAGCUCGUGGAGGUGGAGACAAACAAGAAGCCGACAGGCAGCUCAUGGAGUGGUGAUGGUGCUUCUUUCUCGAGCUCGAAGAGCGUGGUGGUGGGAGUUGAUGAAGAUCUGAAGCAGUUGCAGGAUCGCCUGACCGGGAUGCAGAGCAAGCUGGAGAUCCUGCCCAUCGUGGGUAUGGGUGGUAUAGAAGAAGAAGAAGACACGACACCAGAUGUGCUGACACCAGAUGUGCUGCUACUGACACAAAAACUUGAUUCUGUGAUCGAACAAGUCGUGAAGCUCGUGGAGGUGGAGACAAACAAGAAGCCGACUGGCAGCUCAUGGAGUGGUGCUUCUUUCUCGAGUUCGAAGAGCGUCGUGGUGGGAGUUGAUGAAGAUCUGAUGCAGCUGAAGGAUCGGCUGACCGGGAAUCAGACCAAGCUGGAGAUCCUGCCCAUCGUGGGUAUGGGUGGUAUAGGUAAAACCACUCUUGCUCGAACACUUUAUCAAGAUUCACUCAUUGUUGACCACUUUAGCUAUCUUGCUUGGACCACAAUUUCACAAGAUUACAAUAUGCGCUCAAUUCUAUUAAGCCUUCUUCGUUGCAUAACUGGAUCAGACUAUGAACAUAAGGGAGAUGGUGAGUUAAAAGAUAUCUUGUAUAGGAGCUUGUGUGGUAGAAGAUACAUGAUUGUAUUAGACGAUAUUUGGAGCACCACAUUCUGGGAUGAGAUAAGGAGGUACUUCCCGGACUACAAUAACGGCAGUCGGAUUGUGAUCACCACUAGGGAAUCGGAUGUCGCCAAAUAUGCAGACUCCAAGUGUCUGCAUCAUAAGGUGCAGUUGCUGAGCGAGUCUCAAAGUUGGGAUCUUCUUAGCCAAAUUGUGUUUGGAGAAGAGGAUUGGCCUCAUGAGUUACAAGGGAUAGGAAAGAAGAUUUCGAGUGAUUGCGGUGGGCUUCCUCUGGCUAUCAAUGUGAUUGGAGGGCUGUUGUCAAAGGUGGAAAGAUUGAAAGGUGUUUGGGAGAAUAUUGGGAACGACGUAAGAGCUGCAAUUGCUGAAUCGGACAAGCAGUUCUUGAAUAUACUAUCCUUAAGUUAUAACCAUCUGCCGCUUCACUUGAAACCAUGUUUCCUCUAUAUGGCAGCAUUCCCCGAAGAUUAUGAGAUUGACCCCUUGAGACUCAUAUGGAUGUGGGUAGCAGAAGGAUUUGUGAAAUCGAAUGGAGAUAAAAGUUUGGAGGAAGAGGCAGAGGAUUAUUUAAAGUCACUUGUAGAAAGGAAUCUAGUUUCGGUUAUUACAACUUAUGGUGGGUAUGGAGAAAUAAAGAGGUACAACAUGCAUGAUCUUUUGAGAGAUUUAUGCAUUAGGAAAGCUGAUGAUGAGAAGUUUCUACAUGUCAAGAAUUCCACAUUCUCUAACCAGCUGCGUCGUGUGAGUAUUCACACAUCAUAUGGAAUGGAAGAUGAUGAGUAUGCUUCUUCAUCAGAGAUGUCACUUGUUCGAUCAUUUCUACUAUUUGUCGAGUUGGAUAGGAAUGUACUUCCCAUGGUUUUCACGUUAAGAUUGCUUAGGGUGUUGGAUUUUUUGAAAAUGAAUGAGUAUAAGAUAAGAAUGUUUAAGAUUGAGUUCCCAGAAGAAAUAUUACAACUUGUGAACUUACGCUACUUACCUAUCUAUUGCGAGUCAUUGCCAAGAAGUGGAAUAUCAAGAUUGUGUAAUUUGCAAACCUUGAUUGUUGAUCUACACGAUGACUAUUGCCCAACUGAGUUGUGGGAGAUGUCCGAGUUAAGACAUCUCAUCAUAUUGGGUACACGUCUCAGAAUAGGAGAUGAUUACAUGAAAAAAAUUGUUCUGAAGAAGCUGCAGACGCUACGGGGUGUGAGGAUAAGUCCGUCAGUGAUUAGAAGGGGUUUCUUGGAAAGCAUUCCAAAUAUAAAGAGCUUGGAAAUCUGGUAUGAGGUUGAAGGCUCAUCAGGGAAGAGUGAAGUAGUUGAUCUGAGUCAUCUUCACAAACUCCAAACAUUAACCUGGAGGUCAUCACGCGUACCCAAAUUUCCAUCUACUCUUAGAGAAUUAAAUCUGGGGGAUUGUGUAAUAACUCCGGCAGCGACGACGGCUCUGUGUGCACUACCGAAUCUGGAAGUGCUCAGGAUAGAGAAUUGUACCUUCGAAAGCAAUGAGACAGAAAAAGAAGAAGCAAAUGGAGAGUGGGAAAUAGCAGAAGGAGAUGAAUUCAGCUCAUUGCACUUUCUACGACUCUAUGAUUGUUAUAUGUUGGUGCGUUGGAGAGCUGAUGAAACCAACUUCCCUAGACUCCGCCAUCUCUGUAUACAAUGGUGUUUUAAUCUAGAGGAAAUCCCCGCCGGCAUUGGAGAAAUCCCAACCCUCGAAUUAAUCCACUUAGAUAAAUAUUGCAGCGAUUCUGCAGUGGCCUCAGCGAAACAGAUUCAGGAGGAGCAGCAAUCUGAAUACGACAACUACCAACUCCAACUUCGUAUCAUCUCAUAAUAGGUCAGUCUUAUUUUCACUCUAAUCAUGUUGUUGGGUUUCAUUAAAUUGACUAAUUUCUUGUGUGGCAUAUAUAUCUACAAAGCACAUAAAGAGGAAGAGAAAAGAAAGGAAGAUGAAGACGACUCAAAGUGGCCACAUUUGAAACUCAUUUGAUUUCCCUUCUCUUAUCUUGUCUACUAUUGCUUCACAAUUUGCUUUGUUUUUCACUUUUGGUGUUUUUUUCACUGCCUUUUUUUUUCCUCAUUUGAAAAAGUCUUUUUAUCAAUUUUAAAUUGCCCCAUUGUUUUUUUUAUUUUUUUCUGGCAAGUUGUCCUCCCCUCCUAUUUUUUCUCCUUUAAUUUCUUUAUAUAUAUUAAGUUUCUUGGUUUGAUGCAACUUUAAAAUCCAAAGAAACCCAAGUAUAUUAAUGCAUGUACAAGUCUUGAAGAAUCAAUCUUCAACAAAAUGGAAAA